GAUCCAGAUGACAACCAAAGGAAAACUGCAAAGGAACAACUGUCAGUAUUUUCUUUUGGAUGUUAUUUUUGUAUGUUGACAUUAUCAGGCCAAUUUUACUCCAUUCUCUUAUGAUAGCACAAGAAAACACUGGAAUAUGGAUCCUAAAGAUUUCAUCAGUUGUUUCCCCGAUGAGAUCCUCUGUCACAUCAUUACCUUCCUCCCUUUUGAAUCUGCUGUCCAAACCACUUUUCUUUCUACUCGAUGGAAAGAUCUUUGGAAAAAGGCCCGUGUACUACAUGGUACCAUUGAAGAUGCUGUAGUUACCAUAUUGAGCCUUCUUAAUGAUUUAGCUGACCUUCAUCCACCAAGAAAUAAGUGGGGGUUCCAGUUUAACUUUGGCCAUGGCAGAGCCCUCUUUGCUGCCAUUGCACCAAAUAAUACACUUCAUCUUGAUUUCUCCGCUAGGGAACAUAAACUGUCAAAGUCAUUUGAUUGGUUGUUACCGUUGAAUCUUCCAAAGCGUGAUAAAUGGCCAUUUCCUUACAAAUAUGAGAAGAUAUUGGAGCUAAAUACCCCAUUACCUACUGAUCAGCAGUUCAAAAUAAAAGCUCUAUACUUAAUAUCAGUAUGCCGCCUUUCCAGCAAGGCGCUUACUUCUAUGGUGUCAUAUUUACCAUUUCUUGAGAGUUUGACUAUUGCAAAGUGUAAUGGAGUACAAUCUUUAGAUAUAGAAAAUGCUGCUAGGCUUCAAAAAUUAACUGUCAUGGAUUGCCCACAAUUAGAAUAUCUCUGUUUUGGAGGCUCUUGUUUAAAGUCUUUCCAAUAUCGAGGCAGAUUAGUGUGUUUUCGGUUUAAUGUGUUCUGUAAUUGUAAUUCUUAUCGCUCGUGGCUUUCAUGUGUGCAUCACCGUGGACUAUACUUGGAAGAUGCCAUGCUUGAUUUCAGACAAGGCCCUCUAACACAUUGGACAUGGGACUUUAAAAAGCCUUCCUCCUAUACUCAUUAUUAUGGAUUAUACAAGGGAAGCUGCAAUUGUGGCUGCACCACCUUGUUUCAAUGCUUCAAAUCCAUUUUGGAAAGCACAGAUGGUGUUGAAUCUCUAACACUAUGUAGAUGGCUUUUCGAGAAAUCAUUUUGCAAGAAGUUACCUUCUUCAAGCAUAGACUUUGAGUUUUGUUUCAACGAGCUCAAAGAGCUUUGGUGGAUUGAUUGUUCAAUGGAGAGAGGAAAUAUCAAUGCACUACUUUGCUUUCUGAAGCACUGUCCUAACUUGGAAAAACUCUAUGUGACUAUUGAUCCUAAAUGCUAUGACUUGCCUAGUACUGAAAAAUUCUCCGCCAUAUUCGCUGGUUCUGAUAAACUCAAUAAUCUCAAGUUUGUCAAACUAAAAGGAUGUGCAGAUGAGACCAAAGAGAUGUUCUUGGCAAGGCGGUUAAUACCUUUGUUCCUAAGAACUCCACUAAUUAUAUCAAAACAAGAUGGGAGGUGUUUGAGGUAUUUGCUAAAAGUGCCUAAGCUGGAAAAGAAAGGGAAGUAUCCUUACAAGUUUAAAAUGGUUGAAAAGCCUCCUGAAAUUUAUCCUGAUCAUGUUCAUACGAACCUUUAAAUUAAGCUCAAAAAGUUUUCACUUAUGCUUAAUUUAAUUGCCAAGAAGAAAAAAGCAAAAUUCAGGUUUGUAACUUUGAACUCAUAAGGACAUGGUUUCUAUUUCUGUUAGAUUAUUGAGUUUGUCCAGGAAAACAUUUUGAUG